AUGCCAUAUUACAGAUCGAACGCGAAUCCGUCCCGUCCGAUUUGCUGGCAUUUUGCUAAAGGAAAUUGUAACAGAGGGACGAGUUGUCAUUUUUCGCACAAACAAGAAGAUACAAGUUUUCAAAGUACUAACGAUGGGAGUGAUACACAAUACAACCAUAGAAAUGGGGAAAGUUCGUUGCAUAGGUCGAAUUCUAACUCGAACCGUCAUCAAAAUAAGAGUGCUCCAUCAGUUUGCCGUUAUUUCUUGGAAAAUCGUUGUAUGUUUGGAGAUUCAUGUUGGAAUAAACAUGACAAACCUGAUGACGUCAAUAAUGAAGUGAGCUCUAUUAGCACUAUCCGUAUUCGGAAAAACGACUUGAAAGAUCAAAAAGAACAAAAUGCAAAAAUGGUAGAUGAAGAGGG